AACACACUGUGUCUUUACUACUUUUAUUGAUAUCACAUAACCGUUGCUGCCCUAGCUGUACGUGGUCUGUCACAGGAGCUAGAGAGGGAUCAAUGGGUGGGGAGGUUGCAAUUAUACUUCUGAUAUGGGGAGUGGUUAGUAGUGGUGAGGUCACUAUAUUAAAGAUACAUGCACAUUGCAUCUACACCUAGCUAGACACAAAAUGCUGGAGUAACUCAGCGGUCAGGCAGUAUCUCUGAAGAAAAGGAAUAGGUGACAUUUCAGGUUGAGACCCUUCUUCAGACUAUAUUCAGACAGACAUUCUGUUAUACCCUCCGGCUGUAAAGAUAAAAGUUGCUUUUCGACCGUGCUUAUGUAAAAUAUCCGAUUUCACAAAUAUUUCAUUGUUGUUCCAAAACAUUUUCAGAGUGUUGGAUGUGGCUUUGGAUUUCACUGAUGACGUGGUUUGUUUACUUCAGGUAGUGCCGCACAGCUCCUCAGCUGAUCAGCUGUCCAGGAUGGAGAGCAGCCAUCUCGUACGAUAUGAGCUGCUGGCAGAGAUUGGGGAAGGGGCUUACGGAAAAGUGUACAAAGCGAGGGACCUGGAGAAUAACGGGAAGUGUGUGGCUCUGAAAAGAAUAACCGUUCAAAGAACGCCAGAGGGUAUCCCCCUCAUAGUAAUUCGAGAAGUGGCCUGGUUGAAACAGUUAGCCCUCUUUGACCAUCCAAACAUCAUCAGGUUAUUUGACGUCGAGCUUGAUCACCAGAUGGAUCAGGCAAUGAAAGUGACACUUGUAUUUGAACUGAUUGAGCAGGAUUUAUGUGUCUUCCUCACAAAAGUUCAGGAGCCGGGGCUUCCUCCGAAUAAAGUUAAGGACAUGAUACGGCAACUGUUUAGAGGCUUAGAUUUUCUCCAUUCAAACCGUGUGGUGCAUCGGGAUUUGAAGCCCCAGAACAUUCUGGUUUCAAACAAGGGCCAGGUGAAAUUGGCAGACUUUGGGCUGGCGCGUGUAUACAGCUUCAACAUGGCGCUGACACCUGUGGUUGUGACUCUGUGGUACCGGGCACCAGAAGUCCUUCUGUAUUCACGGUACACAGCUGCUGUGGACAUGUGGAGCGCAGGAUGUAUCUUUGCUGAAAUCCUCCAACUGAGACCCUUUCUUUGUGGAAUUUCAGAUAUUAAUCAGCUUCAAAAAAUAUUUGAUGUCCUCGGUCUUCCUGAUGAAGAGGAAUGGCCCACCACUGCCCCUCUGCCCUACAGUUCUUUCACUCCCAGGCUGGUGAAGCCCAUUGAAGAUUCAUUACCUCAGAUUGAUUCACUGGGCAAAGACCUACUGCUUAAGUGUCUUCACUUUAGUCCAGACCAAAGGAUGUCCACCUAUGAGGCCCUUGCCCAUCCGUACUUCCGUGACACACCAGGAGCAGAACAAAAGAACGGGCCUGUGCUGGAGUGAGAAGAGGCACACCUCUGGCAAUAAAAUCCAUGCUAGCUGCAGAUAUUACUGGGAGAAAGAGCGACACUGAACUGAAAUUGUUCCCAGCACUUCCACACCUCAAAACGACUUGAUCAACCGUGAAACUAUUUGGGAUGUACUUGGAUAGUGAACGACACCUCAAAAAAGUGUUGCUUUUCUUUUUCGAAGAGCAACAAGGAAUUAAACUGAAGAAAAUCCAGAUUUGUUGAGUUUUUAACUUUUAGGUUACAACGCCGGCUGUAGUGGUAGAAAUUCGUACUUGGCCACGUGUAUUAAAUGCUGGGUUUGAUCCACAGAGAAAAUACGUUGGAAGUGGAAAUCCAGUUGCCACAUUUCCCACAUGUUAUUGAAGAUGAAUUUCUGGCCCCACAAUGUUUUGUCAUUAUUUGACCGUUCUGCUUUGAGUUUGACAGGAGAUGUGAAGAGACGCUAGUAGUUUUGUUUUAAUUUUGAGGUCACGAUAUGCAGCUGAAUCACCUGUGGCAGCUUUUUACCUUGAAAGUGACUCUUUGGUUUGUUGCAACUGGAAGGUGAGGAAUGGGCGUGCAGACUUGUUAAAGAACCUGGGUUGAGGAGACCAAGAGUGAAAGGUAACUGAAGCACAAGGUUUAAGCCUGGACUGUGGGGGCAAGUGAAUAACUUCAAUCCAUGAUUCAUCAUCUUUGAUUUCCAUCCCGCAAGCAUCCGAUGUUUCCAUUCUUUGUUCAUUAAUUCUCCAUUCGGUUAAAACUACAGGUCCACCACCAAUUUUCCAUCCAUGAGAGGGCACUUGAAAUCUCAUAUGUGUUGUCCAGGCCGGGUCAGGCAGCCGAUCUCGAGCUCAAGGGGAUUUCCGCGCCAAUCGGCGGGUCGAAUUUGCCCCUGCGGCUGCGAGCCUAGAACUCUGGCCAGGCCAGAGCCAGCAGAUCCGUUCCCGGAGCCGACUUUGCGGACCCCCAAGGCCGUGAUAUCAGUUGCUUCAGCAAAACAGAUGAUACGGCAAGUCUCUGGAACCAAGGGUGCCGUGAAAUUGGUGGUGGGCCUGUACUUAAACACAAUCUACAUGUCGGCCAAGGACAAACAACUCGGCCCUCACUCCCUGCGACGGGCUAGGACAGGCGCAACGGCAUUAGGAUGAGAGACAUCAGACAGUGAAGUUCUUCCCAAGCAGCGCUGUUAAGUGUCCUUGUACGACAGUACUUAAAACGUAAAGCUCAGUGCAAACAGACACAACAACAAUACAGGAAUUCACGGGACCAGGCCCUUCGGCCCACAAUGUCCACCCCGAAAACAUGAUGUCAAGAUAAAUUAAUCUCCUCUGCCUGCAUAUGGUCUGUAUUCCUCCAUUCCCUGCAUAUCCAGGUGCCUAUCUGGAAGUAUCUUAAAUAUCACAAUUAUAUCUGCCUCAACCACAACCACUGGCAGCGCAUUCCAGGCAACCACCACUCUGUGUUAAAAAUAUAUAUAUUCCUGCCCCGCACAUCUUUAUACCUUACCCCUCUCACCUUCAAGGCUGUGCCCUCUGGUCUUUGCCAAUUCCACCCUGAGACUACCUACCCCCACAUAGGUUCAUGUACUUGUCUCAACCUCUGAAGUUCCAGAGAAAACAAUCCAAGUCUGUCCCACCUCUCCUGUCGCUAAUACUCUCUAAUCUAGACAGCAUUCUGUUAAACCUCUGUUGCAAUCUGCAAGGCCUCUACAUCCUUCCUGUAAUGGGUCAAACAGAACUGCAUGCAACAGGGCACACAUAAUGGAUAUGCAAGUGUAUGUCCAUAUGAUGCUGCAGGAAUGUUGCAGUUCGAAUUCAGCUGCAGCACUCCUGCUGAAGUGUGUCGAAUCGUUUUUCUUCACUUAUGUUCACAAUCAUUUUCUUUUGCCUUUUGUAGUUUUAGCUGGAGCCUGCUUUCCAUUACUAAUGACUGACAGUGCCGAGUAUGGUUUAAAUAUACACGAAAGGCUCUGGAUGAUAAAAAUAAGAGGAAUUUGGAGAAAUGUUCAGUAACGUUGGAAAAUGAUAUUGUAUGGGUGGUUGUAAGAUAAAACAUGCAAAACUUGUCCCUAAGUGUUGGGUAUGGUAAGUGAAUGCCAAAGUGUGAUAACAGAACUAGGAUGGUUGGCCUGGACUAGGUGGGCCGAAGGGCCUUUUUCCAUGCCCUGAACUAAAAUAAACUUUAUGCGAGGCUGAAUCCUUGAGAGUAGGAAAUUUCACAUCUAAAACAUGCAUUUAAGCAAAGAUGCACAAAUCUCAUCACAAGCAGUGCUGAGUUCUUAACAUCCUGACCCCAGGAAAGAGGGAAAUAAAAAAUAGUUCCUUGAGGAUGACAGAAAAAAAAUACCAAGCUGCAUGGGUCCUGGUUAUAUAAGUAUGAGGGAAAAUGCCAUCAUAUUGAAAAGCAGCAUAUUAUUUCACAAGUAACCUCACAAUGACCGAUAGUGAAUAGGGAGGGACUUCUAGAUAUGACAGGAGGCUUUAGAUAAGGUAUGUGCUGACGGAAGGUAUUUGUAGAAGGGGAAGGUAUGCCAGGCAUUUGGAUCAGGGUUUGUCAGAGGCCUUUGGCAAACAUCCCACUAUUCCACAUUCAUUCUAACUGCUGCAUUGUCAAAUGCAAAGUUACAUAUCCAAUGGCCCAGCAAAGUUCCUGUGUUACAGACUUGCUGCUCUCACCCGCUGGUAAAUCAAACUCCGAAUAUUUGAGUUGAAAUAUUCAAAAAGCCUUGCUUCCUCCUUGUAGUUUAGAAUUUAAAAAAAAGCAAACAAAAGUCAGUGGGUCAGGCAGCAUCUGUGGAGGGAAUGGAUAGGCAAUGUUUGGGAGCCUAAAGUUGUCUGCCCAUCCAAUCUGAAGAAGGAUCCUGUCCCGAAAUGUGGUCUGUCUUUUUCCUGCCACAGAUGCCGCCUGACCUGAGUUCCUCCAGCAUUUUGUGCUUUGCUCAAGAUUCCAGCAUCUGCAAUUCCUUGUCUGCCACAGAAGACAAGUUUCCUAUUGAAGUUCAAAGUUGAUGGAAUAAUGUUAGUAUAGCGUUGGUCAGUACAGCUACUGCAAAGGAAUUAAUGCUUGCACAUUGCUGUGUCGAAAGACCAUUUCAAAGUCAUAAUCUCCUUUCCUACCCAGGUUCUCCUUCAGAUCCUAAAACCUCCCAGUUCACUAAUAGGACCAUCUAGGAUUUAUCUCACCCCAUCAGUGGAUGCAUAGUGCCUUUGGAGUCCUUUAAUUUGGAAGAUUCAACUCUAUUUAAUUCAUCAUAAACAGACAUUAUUAUUGUGCUUUCUCUCAAUGCUCUCCAUUUGUGAAAAUGUGUUGAUGUAUUGCAAUGUUUACAGUACUUGGAAUACACAACCAUUUGUUCUUGGACAAUUUUAUACUAUAAAGUAACUAAAUAAACUUGAAAGAAGACCCCCAAAA